CAUCAUCGCUUUUGCUCUGCCUUAAACUUCCGGUAAAAGGGAAACUACCGUUGCACAUGAUUCUCUACGAAGAGCACCCUGGAUCUGCCCCUCAGGGCCCAUGCUUUCCUCCAUCAUGAGCUGCGUGGCAAACUUCUUCACCUAUGAAACCACCAAAUCAGUGGUAGUCAAGAGCUGGACCAUCGGCGUGAUCAACCGGGCUGUCCAGUUGCUCAUCAUUUCCUACUUCAUUGGGUGGGUGUUCCUUCAUGAAAAGGCAUACCAGAUCAGGGACACCUCCAUUGAGUCCUCCGUGGUGACCAAGGUGAAGGGCUUUGGCAAAUACAGCAACCAAAUCAUGGACACAGCUGAUUAUGUCACACCUCCACAGGGAACGUCAGUCUUUGUAAUCAUCACCAAACUCAUUACGACUGAGAACCAAGUUCAAGGGUACUGCCCUGAGAAUCAGCUGGAGUACAAAUGUAGCUCCAACAGAGAGUGCCAGAAGCACAUCCCCACCACAGGAGGAGGGAUCCUGACAGGCCGAUGUGUUGACUACAACACCACUUUCCGGACUUGUCAGAUCCAGGGCUGGUGCCCAGCAGAGGUGGACAACAUAGAUGUUCCUGUCAUGCUAGAAGCAGAAAACUUCACCCUCUUCAUUAAGAACAGUAUUCGCUUCCCGCUGUUCAAUUUUGAAAAGGGAAACCUGCUGCCCAACAUCACAACUGAAGAGAUCCAGAGAUGCCACUUUGACCCAAUAAAGCAACCCUUCUGCCCCAUCCUACGGCUCGGGGACAUAGUGAAAUUUGCUGGGCAAAACUUUGCCUCGUUGGCUAAGACGGGUGGCAUAAUAGGGAUCAAGAUUGGGUGGGUCUGUGACCUGGACCACUCCUGGGAGCACUGCAUCCCCCGCUAUUCCUUUAACCGGCUUGACAGUGUCUCCGAGAAGAGCAAAGUCUCCCGUGGAUACAACUUCAGGUAUGCCAAGUACUACAAGCAAGCGAAUGGCACAGAGUUCCGCACGCUGAUCAAGGCCUACGGCAUCCGCUUUGAUGUCCUGGUUUAUGGGAAUGCUGGGAAGUUUAAUAUCAUUCCGACCCUCAUCAAUACUGUGGCAGCCUUCACAUCUGUGGGGGUGGGGACAGUUCUGUGUGACAUCAUUCUCCUCAACUUCCUGAAGGGAGCAGAUCAGUACAAGGCUAAGAAAUUUGAAGAGGUGUCAGAGACAGUGUUGCACCCAGACACUCCCAGCAACCCUAUGUACCGGAGCAACCAGACACUGGGAGACCGUUGUGAAGAGAAGCAGUCAACAGAUUCAGGGGCCUUCUCCAUCGGGCUCUGAGAAAUAAACCUGAAAGAAGACA